AUGAGUGUCAGAAAGAGCAUGGAGAGUUCACAGGGCCCUGGCCAUUUUGAGAAUCAGUGGAAGAAGCUCAUCGAGCAGAGAGGAAUGAAUGGCCAUAAACCCAGGCUCUCUCAGAUGGAAAAAGAAAUAUGCUUCAGAAGGAAAAAUGAGUUGCAGCUGGCAACCGUGGUGAUGAUUAACCAAGCAGGGACUUCCUUCAGUUCACCUACGGAGGGAGACUCCCCGGCAGCCGUGGGGCAGCCAGGCCCCGGCCAGAACCAGUCUGUCAAGAAGCUGGGAGCACAAUCCAAAAGACAAGCAACCACAGCAACACUGCAGAUCGUCAGCAAACACUAUAAGCGAGAGUGGCCUGGAGCAGAUUCUUCCUCACAGUCCUCAGAAGGAACCAACCCCAACAUAACCUUGAUCUUCAACUUUGAGCCUCCAAAAUGGACUGGCAGUAAAUAUACAUUGUUUCAGCCAUCCAGUUUCUGGAGUCAAAGGAGGAAGAAAAAUUCCUUAGAUGGAGAAACUAAAUCCCCGAUUUCAUUUGCCAAUAAAUUUCUUGGGUGCUCAAAACUCAGCAGAAAAGAGAAUAGUGACUUUAAAACAACUGCUCCCUAGCCUGGCAACGGGUUCCAGAGGACGGCCACCUCAGACACUGGAAAAUUUCUCAGUUCAGAAAUGGAAUUGGGAUCCAGGAUGGAGAAAAAUGAUCAGUUCCUGCAGAUGCUGGGCAAAAAGACCGCCAACAAGCAUCUGGAUUUGAAUAGCUGUGGACUAACAACCGCAGAUGUGAGGAAAAUGGUUGCUUUGCUGCCUUUUUUCCCAGACUUGGAAGAACUGGAUAUUUCCUGGAAUGAUUUUGUAGGUGGGAACCUCCCCUCAAUCACUCAACAAAUGCAGGUCACCAACAAGUUAAAAGUCCUGAGGUUGGCUGGUUGCAGACUUACCACUGAGGACGUUCGAGCCCUGGGAGAAGCAUUUGAAAAGAUUCCUGAACUUGAAGAGCUAAAUUUGUCCUGGAAUAGUAAAGUGGGAGGAAACUUGCCUCUGAUUCUUCAGAAGUUCCAAAAGGGGAGUAAGAUACAAGUGCUUGAGUUAGUGGAUUGUGCCCUCACAUCAGAAGAUGGGGCAUUUCUAGGUCAGUUGCUACCCAAGCUGCAAAGUCUUGAAGUACUUGAUCUUUCCAUCAACAGAAACAUUGGUGGUGGUCUAAACAGUAUUGCUCAGGGAUUACAAAGUAUCUCAACUCUGAAAGUAUUGAAGUUACAUUCAUGUGGAUUAUCACAAAAGAGUGUCAAAAUAUUGGAUGCUGCUUUUAGAUAUUUGGGUGAGCUGAGGAAAUUAGAUCUUUCCUGCAAUAAGGAACUGGGUGGAGGUUUUGAAGAUACAUCAGCCCUGUUGGUCAUGCUAAAGCACCUGGAAGUCCUAGAUCUUCACCAGUGCUCACUAACAGUGGAUGACAUAGCAUCACUGACCCAGGUUAUCCCUUUGCUCUCAAAUCUUCAAGAACUGGACUUAUCGGUUAACAAAAAGAUGGGCAGCUCUUCUGAGAACCUACUCAGCAGGCUCCGAUUUUUACCCACAUUGAAGUCGUUGCUCAUAAACAACUGUGCUUUGGAAAGUGAGACUUUCACAGCUCUUGUUGAAGCCUCUAUUCACCUCCCCGCUCUGGAAAUAUUCAGCCUUUCUUGGAAUAAGUGUAUUGGUGGCAACCUGAAGCUGCUUCUGGAAACGCUAAAGCUUUCAACAUCUCUUCACGUGCUGAGGCUGAGCAGCUGUUCCCUGGUGACAGAGGAUGUGGAAUUCCUGGAAUCUCUUGCUGGUCUUCAGGAGCAUUAUCAAAAUCUGUGUUUGGAAAAAUCCCAGAAAACAAAUCCUUAUAUAUUACAUGUACUCGGAGAAGUGGAUGAAGAGAUUAAAAGGGGCAGAUCAGAAAAAGGAAUCACCUUAAACAUUGCUGGUAACAAUCGAUUAAUCCCAGUAGAAAGAGUAACUGGUGAAGAUUUUUGGAUUCUUUCUGAAAUUUUACAGAAUCAUCCAUUUAUUAGUGGUUUGGAUGUGAGAUAUAACGUCCUAAGUGAUGUUGGUGCAUACUAUGCUGCAAAACUGCUUCAGACACAGAGGUAUCUCAUUUACUUAAAUCUUAUGUUUAAUGAUAUUGGACCUGAAGGUGGAGAAUUGAUUGCUAAAGCACUUCAUAAGAAUACAACUUUGAAAUACCUACGAAUGACUGGAAAUAAGAUUGAAAAUAAAGGUGGAAUGUUUUUUGCUUCAAUGCUGCAAAUUAAUUCAUCCUUAGAGAAAUUAGAUCUGGGUGACUGUGAUCUGGGAAUGCAAACUGUAAUAGCAUUUGCUACAGUACUAACUCAAAACCAAGCAGUUAAAGGAAUAAAUCUAAACCGACCUCUACUGUAUGGUGAACAGGAAGAGUCCACUGUUCACCUAGGCCACAUGUUAAAAGAAAAUCACUGGCUUGUUGAACUACACAUAUGUAAGCAUGGUAUAAAAAAUUGUGGUAUGCAAAAGUUAUGCGAUGCACUGUAUCUGAACCAAAGCCUGCGUUACCUUGAUAUCAGCUGCAAUAAAAUAACUCGUGAUGGAAUGGAGUAUUUGGCUGAUGUACUGAAAAGCAAUACCACCCUGGAAGUUUUAGAUCUUUCUUUUAACAGAAUAGAAAAUGCAGGAGUAAACUGUCUCAGUGAAACUCUUACUUCACACAACAGAAGUCUUAAAAUAUUGUCAGUAGUCAGCAACAGUAUAGAGGGAGAAGGACUUGUGGCACUUUCUCAGUCAAUGAAAACAAAUCCCACAUUAUCUAAUAUCUACAUUUGGGGAAACAAAUUUGAUGAGGCCACAUGUGUGGCAUAUUCAGAUUUAAUUCAAAUGGGCCGUCUAAAACCAGACAAUACAGAUGUGGAGCCAUAUGUAGUGGAUGGACAUGUGUAUCUUGCGGAAGUCUCCAAUGGCCUUAAAAAGCAUUAUUACUGGACACCAACUCAUAGAGAUGCUAAUAGUCCUUCAUCUAGUGCAGGUUUUGCUCUUGUUUCAGUAGGUCAAUAUUUCUGAAAAAAAGCUCUAAAAUAGUUUCAUGUAAUUACUUUUAUUGGAUAUAUAGCCUAUUUUCUUUCAUAAAUUAGAAUGUUACUUUUAUAAAAUGUGUAAAACUUUGUAUAGCUGUCAUUGUGAACAACUAUGUAGUGUAAUUUUAAAAAUUUACAAUAUAAAGACUAAAAUUUUUAAUCCUGAAUAAAUUGGAACUAUACUAAUUCUUUUUAUAAUGAAAAUGUAACCAUGUAGUGAAACAGGAUACAGAUAAAGGUCACACUGAUACCUUAAAUGAAAGUUGUUUACAAAGCGACAGAAAGAUUUCAGGUGACAAAUUCCCAGUGAAUUUCAAGGGGUUUCAAAGUUUGGAAGUUGAAAGAAUAUCCUACUUAGGUGGUACAGAUAGAUGUUACUAAGAAUUUCAUAAAUAGAAGCAAAUAAAUGUAAAUAUAUACCCUUUCCAGAUGAGUCAGUGCUGCUAGUUCGUCCAGUGCUCCCCUCAUAGACAACUGCUCUACUGAUUUUUAAUACUAGACUUUCUGCCUAUUUUUUACCUUUAUGUAAAUGGAAUCAUAUAGUAUAUAAUCUUUUUG